GCUCUUCUUUCUUUCGUAACUAUUGCAACGUGCUGUUACUCUACGGCUGCAAACAAUGUCUGCCCUAGAUCCAAUUUCUUUUGCUAAGGAUUUUAUUGCUGGUGGUGUGGCCGCAGCUAUUUCCAAAACUGCCGUAGCCCCCAUUGAAAGAGUAAAAUUGUUAUUACAAGUUCAACAUGCAUCAAAACAAAUUACUGUGGAUAAGCAGUAUAAAGGUAUGGUCGACUGCUUUGUUAGGAUUCCAAAAGAACAAGGUUUCUUAAGUUUCUGGAGAGGAAAUUUAGCUAAUGUUAUCAGAUAUUUCCCAACUCAGGCUCUUAACUUUGCAUUUAAGGAUAAAUAUAAACAAGUCUUCUUGGGUGGUGUUGACAAGCACACCCAGUUUUUCCGUUACUUCUUGGGCAAUCUUGCAUCUGGUGGUGCAGCUGGAGCUACCUCCCUUUGCUUUGUGUAUCCAUUAGAUUUUGCCAGGACGCGCUUGGCUGCUGACAUCGGCAAAGCUGGUGCUGAACGAGAAUUCUCUGGUCUUGGCAACUGCCUAGUGAAGAUCUUUAGAUCUGAUGGCAUGGCUGGUUUGUACAGGGGCUUCAAUGUCUCCGUUCAGGGAAUCAUCAUCUACAGAGCUGCCUAUUUCGGAUUUUUUGACACAGCUAAGGGAAUGUUGCCCAAUCCCAAAAAUACUCCCAUCAUUAUCUCUUGGGCUAUUGCUCAGACUGUCACCACUGUUGCUGGUAUCAUUUCUUAUCCUUUCGAUACCGUCCGAAGGCGUAUGAUGAUGCAGAGUGGAAGAGCCAAGGGUGAUCUGAUGUAUAAGGGUACAAUUGACUGCUGGAAAAAGAUUGCAAAGCAAGAGGGUGGUGCUGCUUUCUUCAAGGGUGCCUUCUCGAACGUUAUCCGAGGAACCGGUGGAGCCUUAGUUCUUGUGUUGUACGAUGAAAUCAAAAAUUUCAUCUUUUAAUGACAAUCUGCUAUAGGAUGAGACGUAUUUAAUAUUUUUGUAACUUAAGUUAUGUACAUCAACGUUCCAUUUCUAGCAUUCCUGCAUGUUGACCAAUUUUUCAUAUGGAAAUAAAAAGUAAUUUCUUACUUUUGGA